GAACAUUUUCGUAUCGCUCUAUUUGAUACAGGGUUUAUUCCCAAGUACCUGGAUAACCUUCUAUCUCCUCAAAAGAUUACACCACAUAUUGACUGGGGCAAUAUUUUAUUCCAUACAAUGUCAGUACAAUCUGUUGAAAUUAACGAAUUAAAACCAGGUUGCUGGAAAAGUAUCGAAGACAUCUGUACCAUAAUCUCAUUUGGGAUUACCCGACAAACUGUUAGAAGAGAUUUUUUGUUACCUAGUUGGACUUCCAUUGGCGAUGUUGAGCGAGCAGGUUUAAUCUUUCUCAUAAUCCCCACCGAAACUCAUUCCAAUGAUGAAUUCAUUAUUUUUAUACCUUUUAUGUUAAUGAAGAUACUUAACAAAAUGCUCCUGUCUACAGCGUAUCUCUUGAUUCCAGAUGAACUACUCCUUAUCCCGACGAAAGAUCGCCCUUGGCGGUGGCAAGAUUUUGAGUCCCUUCAUGGAUACUACCAAAGAGCACUUAUUAAGUCUUUAAUCAACGUUAAAAACGCACGAAUUCUAGCUUUAGAGAAAAGUAUUAGUACGCUUCAAUGCCUUAGCGUCACCAAAAAAGAAGACGACGUUUAUAAUAUCAUUUACCAAAUCGACAAGAAAAAAUCCUACCUUUCUAGUAAAAAGCAAAUGAAGUGGUGCCUGUCAGAUAUCUUUCGUGGUGCGAAGGGUGAUGCGACUCUUCUUCAACGCCAAGUCGAAUUACGCGAUGUGGGUGUCUUUAUCGAGAAAGAAAAGUUUCUUGUUAAAACAACAGACAUUGCACAAUUUAGCAAAUUG